UUUGAUUAUUGAUAACGCCAGAUCUACUAUAUCUAACCCUGCACUCACAUCAGCUCUUCUUGGCUUCCUUUCCUUUCCUACUUCCUUCCUUCUACCCACCAAAAAAUGGGCAACACGAGCAGUACCAGCUCGACAGCCUCUCCGAGUGGCGUGCCAGUUCAUAAAUCGAUGCGCCAUCGAAAGGCUUCUUUGGAUCUCCCGGAUCUCGCUGCCAUGUACGAUACUGUUCAGACGCGCUCUUCCCCGUGGUCAAUACCCGUUAAAGCCCAAGAGAGAAAAGAAACUAUCUAUGUACAACCAAAGGUCCACAUAGAGAAUAACUUGGGUAGACGCGUCCAAGACCAACCGCAAACACCUAUUCCUAGUGUCGAAUCCUUUCCCCGCACAGUCUCCUUUCAUCCAGCCGCUCCUCCUCCAUCGAGGACAACGACCUCAGAGACACUUGUUAUUCGUUCAUCGCUACCAAUGGCUCUCGAAUUUGAUGCAAUACCAGAGGCAGUCGAGCCCUCUAUCAGUCUCGUCGACCGAAAAAUCAACUGGCAUGGAAAGGCAGCCUCCGUCUUCGUAGUUCAUAUGGCUGACAAUGUUAGCGUGCGGACAAUGAUGGAUCAAUUCUCGCCAACAUCCUUUUCCACAUCAGUAGCUUUUCCACCGGGGACUCACCACAUCCGUUUCCUUGUUGACGAUCAAUGGCGCGUUACAGAUGAUCUGCCGAAAGCCGUCGACGAUGCAGGGAACCUCGCCAACUACAUCCACGUUGAUCCUCCUCACGAUCCCAAUAAUCCUCAGCCUACACGCAUUACUCCUCCGCGCUCUCCUCUUGGAACCCACGUAAUUGUUACUUCCUUGCCUCCUCUUGAAGGCAAUCUUGCAAAUCUCGGUAGAUUAAGCCUUGGUCGCAGCUUUUGGAGUUCUAGCACCGAGAACAGCGAUCACGAUCAUGAUUCAGGUUCCGCCGACGAACGGGCCGCCUUGUCUCGAUACAUGCCGCGAUGGACGACGGAUAUCCCGCUAGAACUUUUACAAGCCGCUAAAGAAGAAGAGGUAUAUCUUGAAUAUGCCUCAAAGACCCCUUCUAGACGUCCUGGGGAAUCCCAGGUUCAACAAGGAUUCGUGCCACUGCCCAAUAUACCCCCUGCCCCAGGCCUGCCGCGAUACCUGGAAAAACUCAUUCUUAAUCAAGGCUUUACUCAUACGGUCGGGCACGACCGCCGUCACAAAGACAAACGGAGCUCCCGGGAGAAUAUCGAACGCUUGAAUGAAGAUCUCAUUCACCGUUCUGGGGUAAUAUUACCCUUACCGGUGACUACCGCUAGCGGCACGGACAUCGCUACUGGCGUGAGUGUGAGAGCGCCUGAGCUUGCGGGGACAGAGCGGAUGCUGCCUGUUAUGGAAGCCAUAGAGGGAGGUGAGCUGGACCCUACCUCUCCCCAUGCUGCUGCCGCACUAGCGACCCUGGCUACAAUUUCCGACGACUCGUCGGUGCUUCCUGUACCGUCCCAUGUGGUGUUACAUCAUGUAUGCACAAGCACAAUCAAGGAAGGUGUUCUUGCUGUUGCAUCGACAGUGAGAUAUAGGAAGAAAUAUCUCACGACGGUGUUCUAUAAGCCUGCUUAGAAGAGUGAUGAGUGGUGUUGAGCGAUGUAGGAUGGAUGUGACUAUAUAGAGGCAUGUGUAUGUUUGCUGCUUGCUUGUUUUAUGAUAUUAUCAGCUCUGUUCUGCUCCUACUGUUGUGCCAUCUUCCUAUACCACUUAUUUAUGUAGCAUUAGGAAUUCAUGUAUAUCUACUACUUACAAUCUUAGAGCAUCUAUCAGAUACUUCUGUUAUUCAUUUCCUAGGAUCGACUUCUUGUAUAAUUUUCAUGAUGCAUGAACACAGUUACACAACUAGACCCCUGGUUUCAAUGUCAAUGUGGGUAUGGGUGUGGGGUUUGAUUUUUCUGUUGAGGUUGAGUUUUUUUUGAUGCCUGGGUUCAAUUUUCGAAAAAGAAACCCAGGCUCCCAGCGUUAGCG